AUGCUCAAUAAACUCGUCGAACUUGAAUUGAGUACCAAUGAAGUUAUCGUACUCGACAAACGAAUGCAUUCAAAUGAAUAUCUCAAACAAUUGACAAUUUCACUACAAAAAUUCAAUGAUCUUUUUGUUCUGUUCGAUGGACUGGUGCCAAAUUUAGUCAUACUCAAUGUUACUAUUUGUCAAUCUGAUGCAUGUAAACGAUCACCAAUACCACCACAAUAUUGGUCACGUGGAUUAAUGUCACAUUUAGUUGAAUUUAGAUUAAAAACUAAUGAGAAUGUGACAAUGACUUUGAACUAUUUUCAUGGUAUAGUCAUGCCUCUUGUUCAACUCCAAAAUUUAAUGAUCGACAUAAGAAAAUUGUUUUAG